GUUGACGCCUCUUCGGGCCCAAAUUUGGAUUUUCGGCCCAACCCAUCUCGGUCUACUUCAGUCAAACUCACCAUAAACAGAACUUUUGGACACCCGAACUUGGAAGAAUCCGUGAAUCACAAGCCCCAGUUCUCCACCUGUUUAGGGGAGAAUCCAUAAGGAAAUGGGGUUAGGGCGUGAAGUGGCAAUAUCGCUGGACGGAGUGAGGGAUAAGAACGUGAUGCAGCUCAAGAAGCUCAACACCGUUCUCUUCCAAAUCCGAUACAACGAAAAGUACUACGUUGAUGCUCUUGCUUCUGGCGAAUUCACCAAGCUAGCAUAUUACAGUGACAUUUGUGUGGGUGCUAUUGCAUGCCGACUGGAGAAGAAGGAAGGUGGGAGCUUCCGUGUUUACAUCAUGACAUUAGGCGUUUUGGCACCGUAUCGCGGGCUUGGCGUAGGUACGAGGCUGUUGAACCAUGUUCUUGAUCUAUGCUCCAAGCAAAACAUUUCCGAGAUUCACUUGCAUGUGCAGACAAACAAUGAAGAUGCCGUCAACUUUUAUAAGAAAUUUGGAUUUGAAAUCACAGAUACCAUCCAGAACUAUUACACAAACAUUACCCCACCUGACUGCUAUGUUCUUACGAAGUUCAUCACGCAAUCUCAGGCAAAGAAAUAACAUUUUAAUGCCCAUUAGUUUCGUAUUCCUAAAUUUUUCCUAGCAUUACAUAUGUGGUGGUUCAUUUACAGCUAGAAUCAUUAUUGCCUGAUUAUUGAAAGAAUAAGACCCGCAGUAUCUGCUGUUGAAGCGAGUUAUCUUUUU